AUGGCAGCAGCACAAGCAUCUCAAUCGAUGUUCCAAAAGUUCUUGAAUCAUCCAGCAGGACCCAAGACGGUUCAUUUCUGGGCUCCUGCUAUGAAAUGGAGUCUCGUUAUCGCUGCUUUGGGUGACUUGAAAAGGCCACCGGAAAAGCUAUCACUUACUCAAACUGUUGCAUUGGCUGCUACUGGAUGUAUUUGGGCAAGAUAUUCGCUAGUGAUAAUACCCGUCAACUAUCAGCUAUUUGCUGUGAAUAUCUUUGUUGGUGCGACUGGCUUGUACCAACUGUACAGAAUAUACGACUAUCGAAGCAAGCUCCCACAACCAGCUGCUGCUGCAGUAUUAGAGGCAAAGUAA